GCAGGCUGAGUACCUUAACACCGAACUCCAUCCAGUAUGGGGUUUGGUAGAGGGAUGAGGGUGCCAUUAUGGGCCCUAGCAUUCAUGAUCUGCAGCAUCCAACAGAAAGCUUCUAGUGCAGAAGGUGAAUCGGGAAAGGUUACCAUCAUCCCACCAUUGACAACAACACCAGUUAUAACAUCCUUCAACUCAGCUCAUAAUGGGCAAGUCUGCAGCACGUGGGGCCAAUUCCACUACAAGACGUUUGAUGGGGACAUCUAUUAUUUCCCUGGGACCUGCAACUAUGUAUUUGCCUCCCAUUGCAAUGCUGCCUAUGAGGACUUCAACAUCCAGAUCAGGCGCACAAUGGUGAAAGACAUUCCCACUAUCAGUUCUGUCACCAUGCGGUUGGAUGGGACGGAUUUUGAAAUGCAAAAAGAUGCCAUUGUGGUGAAUGGUGACAGGGUUCAGCUGCCUUACACCGGAUCAGGAUUCGUUAUUGAGAAAUUUACCAUCUAUGUGAGAGUGAUUGUCAAGCUGGGCCUAACCUUACUGUGGAAUGAAAAGGACAGUCUAAUGCUGGAACUUGAUAAAAAAUAUGCCAAUCAGACCUGUGGACUUUGUGGGGAUUUUAACGGCAUUCCACAAUACAAUGAGUUUUAUUCAAACGGGGCCGAAAUAACUACUUUGCAGUUUGGGAAUAUGCAGAAAAUGAAUGGGCCGACAGAAGAAUGUGAGGAUCCUACGCCGGUCUCUCUGAGCAACUGCACUGAUGAAUUUGAGCUUUGCCAGCAUGUACUGACUGGCUCUUCAUUCUUUCAAUGCAAUGCUGUGGUGGGAGUUAAUGACUACAUUGAGGCUUGUGUACAAGACCUGUGCCUCUGUAAACAAGAAGACAUCACCUCCUGUCUCUGUGACACUUUUGCUGAAUAUUCCCGGCAAUGUGCUCAUGCUGGUGGGGAACCUCAGAACUGGAGAAGCCCAGACCUGUGCCCAAUGGAAUGCUCUUCCAACAUGCAGUAUCAAGAAUGUGAAUCACCCUGUACAGACACUUGCUCCAACUCUGAAAGAUCUCAGCUGUGUGAGGACCACUGUGUGGAUGGUUGCUUCUGUCCACCAGGAACUGUAUAUGAUGACAUUGACAAUGCUGGCUGCAUCCCCCACGAGCAGUGUUCCUGUGUUUAUAAUGGAAAAUCCUAUGCUCCAGGAACAACUUAUUCAGACAACUGCCGUUCUUGUUCCUGUGUUGGGGGCCAAUGGAACUGCAUAGAACUCCCAUGUCCUGGCAUUUGCUCAGUAGAAGGUGGAUCACACAUCUCCACUUUUGAUAAAAAACGUUAUAAUGUCCAUGGAGAUUGCGUUUACGUUCUCUCAAAGUUUUGUGGAGAUGAUACAUUUAGUGUUCUCGGAGAACUCCGCAAAUGUGGCCUGACAGAGACUGAGACAUGCUUGAAGAUGGUUGCCCUCAACAUCAAUGGAGACCAGACUACCAUUGUGAUCAGUCCUAAUGGUGGUGUAUUAGUCAACUCGCUCUACACUCAGUUGCCGCUAUCAGCAGCUAAUGUAACCAUGUUCAGACCUUCGUCCUUCUUCAUCAUUGUGCAUACAAACUUUGGCCUUCAGCUAGUAAUCCAGCUCGUACCCACAAUGCAAUUGUAUAUUCAUGUGGAUCCAUCUUUCAAAGGAAGGACUUGUGGUCUCUGUGGAAACUUUGACAAGCGCCAGAUGGAUGACUUCACAGCCAUAAGUGGAGUGGUGGAAGGAACAGCAUCUGCAUUUGCUAACACCUGGAAAACUCAGGCUGCAUGUCCCAACAUCAAACAAAGUUUUGAGGACCCUUGCACGCUUAGCAUUGAAAAUGAAAAAUACGCCCGACAUUGGUGUGGAUUGCUGACUGACUCGGAAGGACCUUUUGCUAAAUGUCAUGCCUCAGUUAAUCCAGCUUCUUAUCAUACGAAUUGCAUGUUUGACACCUGCAACUGUGAAAGAAGUGAGGAUUGCAUGUGUGCUGCCCUCUCUUCCUAUGUUAGAGCCUGUGCAGCUGAAAAAGUAGAGCUUCCAGGAUGGAGGACCAAUGUCUGUUCCAGAUACACCACUUCUUGCCCCAAAUCCCUGAAUUACAGCUAUUCCAUCAGUUCUUGUCAACCUACUUGCCGAUCUCUGAGUGAACCUGAUGUUACCUGCAAUGUCAAAUUUGUCCCAGUUGAUGGAUGCACCUGUGAAAGUGGAACCUACAUGGAUGAUUAUGGAAAAUGUGUACCUGCUAACAAAUGCCCAUGCUAUUACAAAGGAACGUCAAUACUCUCCGGUGAAGUGCUCCAUGACGUUGGUGUUUUGUGCACAUGCAGCCAAGGAAAGUUGAACUGCAUUGGUGAUGGGGACACAAAACAGGUCUGCGUUGCCCCCAUGGUCUACUUUAACUGCAGAAAUGCCACUGCAGGCCAAACUGGAGCUGAAUGCCAGAAAAGCUGUCAGACUCUUGAUAUGCACUGUUAUAGCACACAGUGUGUCUCUGGCUGCAUGUGCCCUGCUGGGCUGGUGUCAGAUGGUAAAGGGGGCUGCAUCGCUAUGGAAGAGUGUCCAUGCAUUCACAAUGAUGCCACAUAUCAGCCAGGAGAGAAGAUUAAAGUCAACUGUAACACCUGCGUAUGUAAGAACAGGAUGUGGGAAUGCACCAAGGACCGAUGCCUAGGUACCUGUGCUGUUUAUGGAGAUGGGCAUUAUAUCACCUUUGACGACAAGCGUUACAUUUUCAAUGGGAAAUGUGAAUAUACACUAGUUCAGGAUCACUGUGGACAGAACAACUCUGCCCCCGGAACAUUCCGAGUCAUCACCGAAAAUGUUCCCUGUGGUACUACUGGAACCACUUGCUCAAAAUCUAUUAAAGUCUUCUUUGGGAACUAUGAUCUGAUCCUCAGUGAGGAGCGCCAUGAAUUAAUACAAAGGGGUGAUGAAGGCCAAGUGCCUUACAAGAUUCGCUACAUGGGCAUGUAUUUGGUUAUUGAAGCAAACAAUGGGCUGAUCCUUUUAUGGGAUAAGAAAACCAGCGUAUUUAUCAAAUUACGUGAUGAUUUCAAGGGUCAGGUCUGUGGUUUAUGUGGGAACUAUGAUGGCAAUGGAAUGAAUGACUUCACUACCCGGAGUCAGUCUGUAGUAAGUGAUGUGCUGGAGUUUGGUAAUAGUUGGAAGGUGUCUCCCACAUGUCCUGAAGCCAAAUGCACAAAGGAUCCUUGCUUCAAGAACCCUUACAGAAAGUCCUGGGCACAGAAGCAAUGCAGCAUCAUCAACAGCAAGGCCUUUGCUGCCUGCCACUCUCAGGUUGAGCCAACGAGAUAUUACGAAGCUUGUGUAACUGAUUCCUGCGCUUGUGACACGGGGGGAGAUUGUGAAUGCUUCUGUACAGCUGUAGCUGCGUAUGCUCAAGCAUGUAGUGAAUUUGGAGUGUGCAUAUCAUGGAGAACACCAUCAUUCUGUCCAAUGUUCUGUGAUUAUUACAAUGAUGAACGUGAAUGUGAAUGGCACUACAAGCCUUGUGGAGCCCCAUGCAUGAAGACAUGCAGAAACCCAAGCGGGAGAUGCCAUUAUCAGUUGCCUGGCUUGGAAGGCUGCUACCCACACUGUCCAGCAGACAGGCCUUAUUUCAAUGAGGAUGAGAUGACGUGUGUUGAUGUGUGUGGCUGUUAUGAUGAUCAGGGUAACUAUCAUCCACUAGGAAAAACAUUUGACUCAAGAAAGACAUGUCAGGCAUGUACAUGCACCAGUAAAGGCAUAGAGUGUAACUACGAUGCCAAAGCAUGCUACUGCUAUUAUGAAGGAAAGACAUAUAUCUACAAGGAUGUCAUCUACAACACCACAGAUGGCUUAGGCUGGUGCAUGAUUGCAACGUGUGAUGUCAAUGGAACAAUCCACAGAGAACUAUUCAGAUGUGGUGGGACUACCACAAUACCACCUACAGUUUCAACUGCAACACCAAAAUCCACUACACCGCAAACAACAGUGUGUGUCCAUAGAACAUGUGAAUGGACAGAAUGGUAUGAUGUCAGCUACCCUAAAUUUGGACGAGACAAUGGGGAUUAUGAAACACCAGAGAAAAUAAGAGAUAGAGGAAACAAAGUAUGUAAAAUGCCAGAUGAAGUGGAAUGCAGAGCUCAGCGCUUUCCUAAUGAAAGCAUAGAAACCCUUGGACAAAACGUACAAUGUUCCAAGUCUAACGGUUUGAUAUGCAACAAUAAGGAUCAGACACCACCAAUCUGCCUGAAUUUUGAAAUCAGGUUCCUAUGCUGCCUAUACACACCAUGUGGUGCAUCAACAACUCCAGCAACACCAGAAAUAACAACAGCAGGAUCCAGAACUACAUCUAAAGUGACAGGUGGCAUAACAACCACCCUGACACCCCUUCUUACCACUACGGCAGGAAGCAUCACUACCGGUUGCCAACCCAAAUGCCAGUGGACCCCUUGGUUCAGUUUUCACACUCCAAGCUCCGACCCUGGGGAUGGCGAUCGCGAGGACAUUAAGAGCAUCCAGGCAUCGGGCGGUACCAUCUGCGAGCACCCUCAAAAGGUGGAGUGCAGAGGAGUGGACUACAAAGAGCUCAGCGCAUCUGAACUUGGACAGAACAUGAUCUGCGAUAUCAACACUGGACUCCUUUGUGAGAAUGCCAAACAGAAAGGGAAGUACAAGAUCUGUUACGACUAUGAGAUGAGAGCACUGUGUUGCGACUACAAGCACUGUGAAACCACGCCAGCGCCACUGGUCACAACAAGUGCCACCACCACAGAAGCCCCAGGUAGCACAGUGGGCAAGAGCACGGCUCCAGCAUCCUCCACGGGCUCUACACCACCUCCUGUUGUUCCCACCACCACCGAAAGCACCACCCUUGUUUCCACAACACCAGGAGAAACCACAGGAAAGCCAACAACCACAGAAACACCAGGCAGCACGGCAGGCAAGAGCACGGCUCCAGCUUCCUCCACGGGCUCCACGCCACCUCCCGUUGUAUUCACCACCACCGAAAGCACCCCCCUUGUUCCGACAACUCCAGGAGUUACAACAAGAAAGCCAACCACCACCACCCACUCAACGCCGCUUUCCACCCUCCCUCUCACAACACCAGGCUCAGUCAGCACUGCUGCCGUCUCCACUGGAGUGGUCCCCACGGUGACAGCCACAACACUCCAGUCCACUCCUGUUUCCAAGCCUUCCUCAACAAUACCCACCACCGGGACCACUGCACAAACCCCUCCAGGCCUGCUGACCACAACAACCACCCUGGCUCCCCUUGUUACCACUACACCAGGAAGCACCACUACCGGUUGCCAACCCAAAUGCCAGUGGACCUCUUGGUUCAGUUUUCACACUCCAAGCUCCGACCCUGGGGAUGGCGAUCGCGAGGACAUUAAGAGCAUCCAGGCAUCGGGCGGUACCAUCUGCGAUCACCCUCAAAAGGUGGAGUGCAGAGGAGUGGACUACAAAGAGCUCAGCGCAUCUGAACUUGGACAGAACAUGAUCUGCGAUAUCAACACUGGACUCCUUUGUGAGAAUGCCAAACAGAAAGGGAAGUACAAGAUCUGUUACGACUAUGAGAUGAGAGCACUGUGUUGCGACUACAAGCACUGUGAAACCACGCCAGCGCCACUGGUCACAACAAGUGCCACCACCACAGAAGCCCCAGGUAGCACAGUGGGCAAGAGCACGGCUCCAGCAUCCUCCACGGGCUCUACACCACCUCCUGUUGUUCCCACCACCACCGAAAGCACCACCCUUGUUUCCACAACACCAGGAGAAACCACAGGAAAGCCAACAACCACAGAAACACCAGGCAGCACGGCAGGCAAGAGCACGGCUCCAGCUUCCUCCACGGGCUCCACGCCACCUCCCGUUGUAUUCACCACCACCGAAAGCACCACCCUUGUUCCGACAACUCCAGGAGUUACAACAAGAAAGCCAACCACCACCACCCACUCAACGCCGCUUUCCACCCUCCCUCUCACAACACCAGGCUCAGUCAGCACUGCUGCCGUCUCCACUGGAGUGGUCCCCACGGUGACAGCCACAACACUCCAGUCCACUCCUGUUUCCAAGCCUUCCUCAACAAUACCCACCACCGGGACCACUGCACAAACCCCUCCAGGCCUGCUGACCACAACAACCACCCUGGCUCCCCUUGUUACCACUACACCAGGAAGCACCACUACCGGUUGCCAACCCAAAUGCCAGUGGACCUCUUGGUUCAGUUUUCACACUCCAAGCUCCGACCCUGGGGAUGGCGAUCGCGAGGACAUUAAGAGCAUCCAGGCAUCGGGCGGUACCAUCUGCGAUCACCCUCAAAAGGUGGAGUGCAGAGGAGUGGACUACAAAGAGCUCAGCGCAUCUGAACUUGGACAGAACAUGAUCUGCGAUAUCAACACUGGACUCCUUUGUGAGAAUGCCAAACAGAAAGGGAAGUACAAGAUCUGUUACGACUAUGAGAUGAGAGCACUGUGUUGCGACUACAAGCACUGUGAAACCACGCCAGCGCCACUGGUCACAACAAGUGCCACCACCACAGAAGCCCCAGGUAGCACAGUGGGCAAGAGCACGGCUCCAGCAUCCUCCACGGGCUCUACACCACCUCCUGUUGUUCCCACCACCACCGAAAGCACCACCCUUGUUUCCACAACACCAGGAGAAACCACAGGAAAGCCAACAACCACAGAAACACCAGGCAGCACGGCAGGCAAGAGCACGGCUCCAGCUUCCUCCACGGGCUCCACGCCACCUCCCGUUGUAUUCACCACCACCGAAAGCACCACCCUUGUUCCGACAACUCCAGGAGUUACAACAAGAAAGCCAACCACCACCACCCACUCAACGCCGCUUUCCACCCUCCCUCUCACAACACCAGGCUCAGUCAGCACUGCUGCCGUCUCCACUGGAGUGGUCCCCACGGUGACAGCCACAACACUCCAGUCCACUCCUGUUUCCAAGCCUUCCUCAACAAUACCCACCACCGGGACCACUGCACAAACCCCUCCAGGCCUGCUGACCACAACAACCACCUUGGCUCCCCUUGUUACCACUACACCAGGAAGCACCACUACCGGUUGCCAACCCAAAUGCCAGUGGACCUCUUGGUUCAGUUUUCACACUCCAAGCUCCGACCCUGGGGAUGGCGAUCGCGAGGACAUUAAGAGCAUCCAGGCAUCGGGCGGUACCAUCUGCGAUCACCCUCAAAAGGUGGAGUGCAGAGGAGUGGACUACAAAGAGCUCAGCGCAUCUGAACUUGGACAGAACAUGAUCUGCGAUAUCAACACUGGACUCCUUUGUGAGAAUGCCAAACAGAAAGGGAAGUACAAGAUCUGUUACGACUAUGAGAUGAGAGCACUGUGUUGCGACUACAAGCACUGUGAAACCACGCCAGCGCCACUGGUCACAACAAGUGCCACCACCACAGAAGCCCCAGGUAGCACAGUGGGCAAGAGCACGGCUCCAGCAUCCUCCACGGGCUCUACACCACCUCCUGUUGUUCCCACCACCACCGAAAGCACCACCCUUGUUUCCACAACACCAGGAGAAACCACAGGAAAGCCAACAACCACAGAAACACCAGGCAGCACGGCAGGCAAGAGCACGGCUCCAGCUUCCUCCACGGGCUCCACGCCACCUCCCGUUGUAUUCACCACCACCGAAAGCACCACCCUUGUUCCGACAACUCCAGGAGUUACAACAAGAAAGCCAACCACCACCACCCACUCAACGCCGCUUUCCACCCUCCCUCUCACAACACCAGGCUCAGUCAGCACUGCUGCCGUCUCCACUGGAGUGGUCCCCACGGUGACAGCCACAACACUCCAGUCCACUCCUGUUUCCAAGCCUUCCUCAACAAUACCCACCACCGGGACCACUGCACAAACCCCUCCAGGCCUGCUGACCACAACAACCACCUUGGCUCCCCUUGUUACCACUACACCAGGAAGCACCACUACCGGUUGCCAACCCAAAUGCCAGUGGACCUCUUGGUUCAGUUUUCACACUCCAAGCUCCGACCCUGGGGAUGGCGAUCGCGAGGACAUUAAGAGCAUCCAGGCAUCGGGCGGUACCAUCUGCGAUCACCCUCAAAAGGUGGAGUGCAGAGGAGUGGACUACAAAGAGCUCAGCGCAUCUGAACUUGGACAGAACAUGAUCUGCGAUAUCAACACUGGACUCCUUUGUGAGAAUGCCAAACAGAAAGGGAAGUACAAGAUCUGUUACGACUAUGAGAUGAGAGCACUGUGUUGCGACUACAAGCACUGUGAAACCACGCCAGCGCCACUGGUCACAACAAGUGCCACCACCACAGAAGCCCCAGGUAGCACAGUGGGCAAGAGCACGGCUCCAGCAUCCUCCACGGGCUCUACACCACCUCCUGUUGUUCCCACCACCACCGAAAGCACCACCCUUGUUUCCACAACACCAGGAGAAACCACAGGAAAGCCAACAACCACAGAAACACCAGGCAGCACGGCAGGCAAGAGCACGGCUCCAGCUUCCUCCACGGGCUCCACGCCACCUCCCGUUGUAUUCACCACCACCGAAAGCACCACCCUUGUUCCGACAACUCCAGGAGUUACAACAAGAAAGCCAACCACCACCACCCACUCAACGCCGCUUUCCACCCUCCCUCUCACAACACCAGGCUCAGUCAGCACUGCUGCCGUCUCCACUGGAGUGGUCCCCACGGUGACAGCCACAACACUCCAGUCCACUCCUGUUUCCAAGCCUUCCUCAACAAUACCCACCACCGGGACCACUGCACAAACCCCUCCAGGCCUGCUGACCACAACAACCACCUUGGCUCCCCUUGUUACCACUACACCAGGAAGCACCACUACCGGUUGCCAACCCAAAUGCCAGUGGACCUCUUGGUUCAGUUUUCACACUCCAAGCUCCGACCCUGGGGAUGGCGAUCGCGAGGACAUUAAGAGCAUCCAGGCAUCGGGCGGUACCAUCUGCGAUCACCCUCAAAAGGUGGAGUGCAGAGGAGUGGACUACAAAGAGCUCAGCGCAUCUGAACUUGGACAGAACAUGAUCUGCGAUAUCAACACUGGACUCCUUUGUGAGAAUGCCAAACAGAAAGGGAAGUACAAGAUCUGUUACGACUAUGAGAUGAGAGCACUGUGUUGCGACUACAAGCACUGUGAAACCACGCCAGCGCCACUGGUCACAACAAGUGCCACCACCACAGAAGCCCCAGGCAGCACGGCAGGCAAGAGCACGGCUCCAGCUUCCUCCACGGGCUCCACGCCACCUCCCGUUGUAUUCACCACCACCGAAAGCACCACCCUUGUUCCGACAACUCCAGGAGUUACAACAAGAAAGCCAACCACCACCUCCCACUCAACGCCGCUUUCCACCCUCCCUCUCACAACACCAGGCUCAGUCAGCACUGCUGCCGUCUCCACUGGAGUGGUCCCCACGGUGACAGCCACAACACUCCAGUCCACUCCUGUUUCCAAGCCUUCCUCAACAAUACCCACCACCGGGACCACUGCACAAACCCCUCCAGGCCUGCUGACCACAACAACCACCUUGGCUCCCCUUCUUACCACUACACCAGGAAGCACCACUACCGGUUGCCAACCCAAAUGCCAGUGGACCUCUUGGUUCAGUUUUCACACUCCAAGCUCCAACCCUGGGGAUGGCGAUCGCGAGGACAUUAAGAGCAUCCAGGCAUCGGGCGGUACCAUCUGCGAUCACCCUCAAAAGGUGGAGUGCAGAGGAGUGGACUACAAAGAGCUCAGCGCAUCUGAACUUGGACAGAACAUGAUCUGCGAUAUCAACACUGGACUCCUUUGUGAGAAUGCCAAACAGAAAGGGAAGUACAAGAUCUGUUACGACUAUGAGAUGAGAGCACUGUGUUGCGACUACAAGCACUGUGAAACCACGCCAGCGCCACUGGUCACAACAAGUGCCACCACCACAGAAGCCCCAGGUAGCACAGUGGGCAAGAGCACGGCUCCAGCAUCCUCCACGGGCUCUACACCACCUCCUGUUGUUCCCACCACCACCGAAAGCACCACCCUUGUUUCCACAACACCAGGAGAAACCACAGGAAAGCCAACAACCACAGAAACACCAGGCAGCACGGCAGGCAAGAGCACGGCUCCAGCUUCCUCCACGGGCUCCACGCCACCUCCCGUUGUAUUCACCACCACCGAAAGCACCACCCUUGUUCCGACAACUCCAGGAGUUACAACAAGAAAGCCAACCACCACCACCCACUCAACGCCGCUUUCCACCCUCCCUCUCACAACACCAGGCUCAGUCAGCACUGCUGCCGUCUCCACUGGAGUGGUCCCCACGGUGACAGCCACAACACUCCAGUCCACUCCUGUUUCCAAGCCUUCCUCAACAAUACCCACCACCGGGACCACUGCACAAACCCCUCCAGGCCUGCUGACCACAACAACCACCUUGGCUCCCCUUGUUACCACUACACCAGGAAGCACCACUACCGGUUGCCAACCCAAAUGCCAGUGGACCUCUUGGUUCAGUUUUCACACUCCAAGCUCCGACCCUGGGGAUGGCGAUCGCGAGGACAUUAAGAGCAUCCAGGCAUCGGGCGGUACCAUCUGCGAUCACCCUCAAAAGGUGGAGUGCAGAGGAGUGGACUACAAAGAGCUCAGCGCAUCUGAACUUGGACAGAACAUGAUCUGCGAUAUCAACACUGGACUCCUUUGUGAGAAUGCCAAACAGAAAGGGAAGUACAAGAUCUGUUACGACUAUGAGAUGAGAGCACUGUGUUGCGACUACAAGCACUGUGAAACCACGCCAGCGCCACUGGUCACAACAAGUGCCACCACCACAGAAGCCCCAGGUAGCACAGUGGGCAAGAGCACGGCUCCAGCAUCCUCCACGGGCUCUACACCACCUCCUGUUGUUCCCACCACCACCGAAAGCACCACCCUUGUUUCCACAACACCAGGAGAAACCACAGGAAAGCCAACAACCACAGAAACACCAGGCAGCACGGCAGGCAAGAGCACGGCUCCAGCUUCCUCCACGGGCUCCACGCCACCUCCCGUUGUAUUCACCACCACCGAAAGCACCACCCUUGUUCCGACAACUCCAGGAGUUACAACAAGAAAGCCAACCACCACCACCCACUCAACGCCGCUUUCCACCCUCCCUCUCACAACACCAGGCUCAGUCAGCACUGCUGCCGUCUCCACUGGAGUGGUCCCCACGGUGACAGCCACAACACUCCAGUCCACUCCUGUUUCCAAGCCUUCCUCAACAAUACCCACCACCGGGACCACUGCACAAACCCCUCCAGGCCUGCUGACCACAACAACCACCUUGGCUCCCCUUGUUACCACUACACCAGGAAGCACCACUACCGGUUGCCAACCCAAAUGCCAGUGGACCUCUUGGUUCAGUUUUCACACUCCAAGCUCCGACCCUGGGGAUGGCGAUCGCGAGGACAUUAAGAGCAUCCAGGCAUCGGGCGGUACCAUCUGCGAUCACCCUCAAAAGGUGGAGUGCAGAGGAGUGGACUACAAAGAGCUCAGCGCAUCUGAACUUGGACAGAACAUGAUCUGCGAUAUCAACACUGGACUCCUUUGUGAGAAUGCCAAACAGAAAGGGAAGUACAAGAUCUGUUACGACUAUGAGAUGAGAGCACUGUGUUGCGACUACAAGCACUGUGAAACCACGCCAGCGCCACUGGUCACAACAAGUGCCACCACCACAGAAGCCCCAGGUAGCACAGUGGGCAAGAGCACGGCUCCAGCAUCCUCCACGGGCUCUACACCACCUCCUGUUGUUCCCACCACCACCGAAAGCACCACCCUUGUUUCCACAACACCAGGAGAAACCACAGGAAAGCCAACAACCACAGAAACACCAGGCAGCACGGCAGGCAAGAGCACGGCUCCAGCUUCCUCCACGGGCUCCACGCCACCUCCCGUUGUAUUCACCACCACCGAAAGCACCACCCUUGUUCCGACAACUCCAGGAGUUACAACAAGAAAGCCAACCACCACCACCCACUCAACGCCGCUUUCCACCCUCCCUCUCACAACACCAGGCUCAGUCAGCACUGCUGCCGUCUCCACUGGAGUGGUCCCCACGGUGACAGCCACAACACUCCAGUCCACUCCUGUUUCCAAGCCUUCCUCAACAAUACCCACCACCGGGACCACUGCACAAACCCCUCCAGGCCUGCUGACCACAACAACCACCUUGGCUCCCCUUGUUACCACUACACCAGGAAGCACCACUACCGGUUGCCAACCCAAAUGCCAGUGGACCUCUUGGUUCAGUUUUCACACUCCAAGCUCCGACCCUGGGGAUGGCGAUCGCGAGGACAUUAAGAGCAUCCAGGCAUCGGGCGGUACCAUCUGCGAUCACCCUCAAAAGGUGGAGUGCAGAGGAGUGGACUACAAAGAGCUCAGCGCAUCUGAACUUGGACAGAACAUGAUCUGCGAUAUCAACACUGGACUCCUUUGUGAGAAUGCCAAACAGAAAGGGAAGUACAAGAUCUGUUACGACUAUGAGAUGAGAGCACUGUGUUGCGACUACAAGCACUGUGAAACCACGCCAGCGCCACUGGUCACAACAAGUGCCACCACCACAGAAGCCCCAGGUAGCACAGUGGGCAAGAGCACGGCUCCAGCAUCCUCCACGGGCUCUACACCACCUCCUGUUGUUCCCACCACCACCGAAAGCACCACCCUUGUUUCCACAACACCAGGAGAAACCACAGGAAAGCCAACAACCACAGAAACACCAGGCAGCACGGCAGGCAAGAGCACGGCUCCAGCUUCCUCCACGGGCUCCACGCCACCUCCCGUUGUAUUCACCACCACCGAAAGCACCACCCUUGUUCCGACAACUCCAGGAGUUACAACAAGAAAGCCAACCACCACCACCCACUCAACGCCGCUUUCCACCCUCCCUCUCACAACACCAGGCUCAGUCAGCACUGCUGCCGUCUCCACUGGAGUGGUCCCCACGGUGACAGCCACAACACUCCAGUCCACUCCUGUUUCCAAGCCUUCCUCAACAAUACCCACCACCGGGACCACUGCACAAACCCCUCCAGGCCUGCUGACCACAACAACCACCUUGGCUCCCCUUGUUACCACUACACCAGGAAGCACCACUACCGGUUGCCAACCCAAAUGCCAGUGGACCUCUUGGUUCAGUUUUCACACUCCAAGCUCCGACCCUGGGGAUGGCGAUCGCGAGGACAUUAAGAGCAUCCAGGCAUCGGGCGGUACCAUCUGCGAUCACCCUCAAAAGGUGGAGUGCAGAGGAGUGGACUACAAAGAGCUCAGCGCAUCUGAACUUGGACAGAACAUGAUCUGCGAUAUCAACACUGGACUCCUUUGUGAGAAUGCCAAACAGAAAGGGAAGUACAAGAUCUGUUACGACUAUGAGAUGAGAGCACUGUGUUGCGACUACAAGCACUGUGAAACCACGCCAGCGCCACUGGUCACAACAAGUGCCACCACCACAGAAGCCCCAGGUAGCACAGUGGGCAAGAGCACGGCUCCAGCAUCCUCCACGGGCUCUACACCACCUCCUGUUGUUCCCACCACCACCGAAAGCACCACCCUUGUUUCCACAACACCAGGAGAAACCACAGGAAAGCCAACAACCACAGAAACACCAGGCAGCACGGCAGGCAAGAGCACGGCUCCAGCUUCCUCCACGGGCUCCACGCCACCUCCCGUUGUAUUCACCACCACCGAAAGCACCACCCUUGUUCCGACAACUCCAGGAGUUACAACAAGAAAGCCAACCACCACCACCCACUCAACGCCGCUUUCCACCCUCCCUCUCACAACACCAGGCUCAGUCAGCACUGCUGCCGUCUCCACUGGAGUGGUCCCCACGGUGACAGCCACAACACUCCAGUCCACUCCUGUUUCCAAGCCUUCCUCAACAAUACCCACCACCGGGACCACUGCACAAACCCCUCCAGGCCUGCUGACCACAACAACCACCCUGGCUCCCCUUGUUACCACUACACCAGGAAGCACCACUACCGGUUGCCAACCCAAAUGCCAGUGGACCUCUUGGUUCAGUUUUCACACUCCAAGCUCCGACCCUGGGGAUGGCGAUCGCGAGGACAUUAAGAGCAUCCAGGCAUCGGGCGGUACCAUCUGCGAUCACCCUCAAAAGGUGGAGUGCAGAGGAGUGGACUACAAAGAGCUCAGCGCAUCUGAACUUGGACAGAACAUGAUCUGCGAUAUCAACACUGGACUCCUUUGUGAGAAUGCCAAACAGAAAGGGAAGUACAAGAUCUGUUACGACUAUGAGAUGAGAGCACUGUGUUGCGACUACAAGCACUGUGAAACCACGCCAGCGCCACUGGUCACAACAAGUGCCACCACCACAGAAGCCCCAGGUAGCACAGUGGGCAAGAGCACAGCUCCAGUAUCCUCCACGGGCUCUACACCACCUCCUGUUGUUCCCACCACCACCGAAAGCACCACCCUUGUUUCCACAACACCAGGAGAAACCACAGGAAAGCCAACAACCACAGAAACACCAGGCAGCACGGCAGGCAAGAGCACGGCUCCAGCUUCCUCCACGGGCUCUACGCCACCUCCUGUUGUUCACACCACCACCGAAAGCACCACCCUUGUUCCGACAACUCCAGGAGUUACAACAAGAAAGCCAACCACCACCACCCACUCAACGCCGCUUUCCACCCUCCCUCUCACAACACCAGGCUCAGUCAGCACUGCUGCCGUCUCCACUGGAGUGGUCCCCACGGUGACAGCCACAACACUCCAGUCCACUCCUGUUUCCAAGCCUUCCUCAACAAUACCCACCGCCGGGACCACUGCACAAACCCCUCCAGGCCUGCUGACCACAACAACCACCCUGGCUCCCCUUGUUACCACUACGCUAGAAAGUACCUCUACUGUGUGCCUCCCUAAGUGUAACUGGACCUCCUGGUAUGAUUUGCACCGUCCUACCAGCAGUCCAGAUGAUGGCGAUAUAGAGAAUUUUGAGACCAUUCGAAAAGCUGGAGGAAAUAUUUGCAAACAUCCACAAGACAUUGAAUGCAGAGCUGAGAAUCACCCUGAUGUCAGCCUGUAUCUGCUUGGUCAGGAAGUGCAAUGUAACCUCCAUGUUGGACUUUUGUGCGAAAAUUCAAAGCAAACAGACAAAAUGUGUUAUAACUUCCAGGUUAGAUACCAGUGCUGUGAAUACAAGCCCUGCCAUCCUAGCACAACACCACUGAGCACACCUGCUGCUUCUACCACAGAAAAACCUGGCAGCACCGCAGGCAAAAGCACAACUCCAGCAUCCUCCACAGGUUCUACGCCACCUCCCAUUGUAUUUACCACCACCCAAAGCUCCACUCUUGUUUCCACAACUCCAGGAGUAACCACAGGAAAGCCAACGACCACAGAAACACCAGGCAGCACUGCUGGCAAGAGUACAGCUCCAGCAUCCUCCACAGGUUCUACGCCACCUCCCAUUGUAUUCACCACCACCGAAAGCACCACCCUUGUUUCUACAACACCAGGAGUAACCACAGGAAAGCCAACAACCACAGAAACACCAGGCAGCACUGCUGGCAAGAGUACAGCUCCAGCAUCCUCCACAGCUUCUACACCACCUCCCAUUGUAGUCACUACCACCCAAAGCACCACCCUUCUUUCCACCACUCCUGGAAUUACAACAGGAAACCCCAUGACCACCAUCCCUUUCUCAACCCCUGGCUCCGUCAGCACACCUUCCAUCACUUCUGGAGUGGCUUCCACCGUUUCAACCACAUCUCUUCCAUCUACCCAUGUUUCCAUACCUGUGUCGACGAUAUCCACUACUGGGAUUACUGUAGAAACAGCAACUGUCCCUACCAGAGUGCCAUUUUCCACUAAGCCUUUGGUCGUUGUUACAACAGCAGCAACAAGUACUUCCAUACCUUCUACAACAGGAACUACAACAGUCACUUUGAGCAGAACAACUCCAUGUUUCUGCCGUGUGCCCGGAUUUAGUAAGGGCUUGUUUUCUCCUGGGGAAGUAAUAUACAAUAGAACUGAUAGUUCCGGAUGCAGUUUUUAUGCAGUUUGCAACAGAAGCUGUGAAAUUGAGGUGUUCCAGGGACCAUGUCCUUCAACAACUCCUUCCCACCCAUCAACACCAUCAGUUACAACUGCAGGAACCCAGCCUUCUCCGUCACCCACUACUGUAGUUCCAUCAACCAGAGUAUACACUACUGCAGCUGUAUCAACCCCCACAACUCCUGUAACAGGUUGCCCUGAUAUUGAUCCACCAAGAAAGACCAAUGAAACUUGGAUGUUUAACAACUGCACUGUGGCAACUUGUGAAGGAAACAACAAAAUAGUUCUGAAGCCGCAACCACCUGUAGAGAAGACAGUAUGUGUGAGUGGACUCCCACCGAUAAAAAUAGUAGAUAAGGAUGGCUGUGUCGAACGCUAUGAAUGUGAAUGUAUUUGCACUGGUUGGGAUGCUAACUAUCUGACAUUUGAUGGCACUUAUUACACUUUCUAUGACAACUGCACUUACAUCUUGGUGAAAGAGAUUGUGAAUAUACAUGGAAACCUCAGUGUUUUGCUUGACAAUUAUUUCUGUGAUGUCACUAACAAUCAGCCCUGUUCCAGAGCCAUCAUUGUAAAUUACAACUCAAUGGAAGUUGUGCUAAGCAGCGAAGUGCAUGAAGGAGUGAGAAUUAACAAGAUUUUUUUCAACCAUGAGCCGGUCAAUGGAGAUUUCACCAAAUAUGGUAUUUCUGUCACCAGUACUGGAACUGUCAUGAGUGUCGAAAUCCCUGCACUCCAAGCUUUUAUAUCUUUCAACGGGCUCACUUUCUCAAUAAAACUCCCCUUUGACCUAUUUCAGCAUAACACAGAGGGGCAAUGUGGGGUAUGUUCAAAUGACAAGACAGAUGACUGCCGCCUCCCCAACGGCCAUGAAGCUUCCUCUUGCUCAGAAAUGGCCAGCUACUGGAAGACCUACGAUAAAAACAAGCCCCAUUGCUAUGGAGUACCAACAACAUCACCUCCGACAACAACACCGCAUGAGCCAAGAACGACAACACCAGCACCAACACCCUGCACCACUCCAUCUCCUCUGUGUGAGCUGAUUGUGAGCGAUGUCUUUGAAGAAUGCCAUAAGGUUCUGCCUCCCAGAAUAUACUAUGAAGACUGCCUCCUUGAAGCCUGUCAGUCUUCCAAUGAUUCUGUGCCUUGCUACAAUUUGGAGAUAUAUGCUUCCCUCUGCAUAGCUAAAGGGGUUUGUACUGACUGGAGGAACAUGACGCUAGGAAAAUGCCCAUACCACUGCCCCAAAGACAAGGUGUACAAUGCAUGUGGCCCCAUUCACCCUGUCACCUGUGAUGAUGGACCAACCAAAGAUACAAGUGAGCAUGUUGCUGAAGGAUGCUUCUGCCCAGAGGACAAAAUCCUCUUCAAUACAUACACGGAUAUCUGUGUCAAAACAUGUGGCUGCGUGGGACCAGACGGAUUGCCCAAACCACCUGGCUCCUCAUGGAAGAGCAACUGUCAAGAGUGUAUUUGUGACCCAUUGACUGAGAGCGUCCAGUGCAAGCCACAGACCUGUGUGUCAUCGGAACCACCCAAAUGUGAGAAAGAAGGGUUUGUGCCUGUCCCUGUGCUGACACCAAAAGACCCAUGCUGUCCAGAACUUCAAUGCAAAUGCAAUACUACUACCUGCUCCAACGAAAAGAAACCUUGUGAACUUGGAUACGAGGCAACCCCAGUCCUGCUUGAAGGAGACUGCUGUGUCAGCUUUCCCUGUAUACCAAUCCCAGAUGUCUGUCUUGUCAAUGGAACACUUUACAGGGUGCUAGAACAGAGUUCUGGCAAGUUCCGGCUGAAAAAAAUCCUUGCCUGUCACCCUCACUGGCCAUUGGGCAUGCUGACUGGGGCUGGGGGAAGUUGGAGCCCAACACCUAGAGGGCCACGGCUUGCACCUCCCUGCCUAAACCAUGCAAUGAUUUGCAUGUGCAAAUCUUCACUGACUGCUGUGCUGUUGAGUUGGCUGCAUCAUCCCCAAAGCAGCCAUUUUUCCAGUCAAACUUCUGCUUACAAAGCUGAAAUGCCUGUUCCUAGCAAGCCUUGUGAAACAUGUGUCUGCAGCUCUGAAAAGGACCCAGACUCCAAUACAAAUCUUGUAAAAUGUCAACCAGUUACAUGUGAUAAGGAUUGCCAAGAGGGUUAUGAGUACCAGGUAGAAGCUGGGGAGUGUUGUGGAAAGUGUGUCCAGAAUGCAUGCAUAAUCAACAUGAAUGAAACCACUGAGAUACUACAGCCUGGUGAUAUUUGGCCACCAGGAGGAAAUAACUGCAGCUACUACGAAUGUGAGCAAAUGAAUGAUACAUUCAUUCUGGUCCAAUCUAAAAGGAAAUGUCCCAUCAUUCAUCCAGAGGAGUGUGAAUCUCAUGAACUUGAACUGACUCCUGAUGGCUGCUGUGAAACAUGUAAACCUAAAACGAAUGACUGCAAGGUUCACAAGAACCAAACUCUUAUACGUCAGAGUGAAUGCAUAUCUUCUGAAGUUGUGGAACUGACCUACUGUGAAGGGGCUUGUCCAAGCUCUUCAAAGUAUUCCAGUGAGGCAAAUGCAAUGCAACGUGAGUGUACCUGCUGCCAGGAGCUCAAGAGCCAUAGGAGAAAGGUGACCUUGACAUGCCAGGAUGGCAGAAGCAUUGACUAUGACUACAUCUACGUGGAUGAGUGUCAGUGCAUGACUGCGUGCAUUCCACAAUCCAAAAUUUAGCUACAGGAAGAGGAAAAAGUAGUGAAUUUGCAUUCGUCACGGGAAAAAGAACCCAACAUGUUCCAAAGCAGCUAAAACCAGUCGCCAUCUAAAUGCUACUUCAUGUCUCUCACUAUGUCCCUGAAAAGGUCAAUAGUAGCCUUUUUCUUGGUCAGCUGCCUAACCAAAUUAAUGUUCUAUUUCCUGCAUGAUCAUUUUUGGUCAUUUUGGCUAGCUAUUUGCAAAAACAAGUGCAUUUAGAAAACCCUCCAAGGAUCCCUAUAAAUAUAAUAAAAUGAUAGAAAUGUAUAACAUUGUACUGUAGAAAACUAAACUUCUGCUUCAAAUUUUCUGUGCAAUGCUGUUUAUUUUUUGGCAACUAUCUUUUAAAUUACUGAGCAACCUUUGCUACAGAAGGAGUGUUUUGUAUAGUGUCAGCAGGCAUGUGACUUUGACAAAGAUAAAACUGCUUUCCUUUUCACUCUUGUUUCUUAAGAUUAAUAAAAAAAUUAAGCAUGUUUCAA